GCCGGCGCUGCCCGCGCCUCCGCGCCCGCCCCUGAUUUCCUCGGCGCGGCGGCGGCGGGGACGGGGCCGAGCCCCGCGCGCGCGGGUAUUUAUUUAUUUCCGGGCCCCGGCGCGCUUAUAAUGGAGCCGCUGUCAGCAGCAGCCUCUGCCGCCGCCGCCGCCGCCGUCCCUCCUCUUUUUUUUCCCGGCAGAUCUUUGUUGUGUGGGAGGGCAGCGGGGAUGGACUUGAGCCGGCCGCGCUCCUGCUAGAGCCGCCGCGCCGCGAGGAGGAGCCGUUCGCCGCCGCCGCCGCCGCCGCCGCCGCCCGCCCGCCGGCCCCGGCCCGCGCGCCCCCCGCGCCCCCCGCGCCCCCCGGCCCGCGCCCGGCGCCCGGCACAGUCCCCUCGCAGCGGCCGAUGUGCGUGGGGGCGGCCCACGGCGGGGACUAUGGUGAAAUUCCCGGCGCUCACGCACUACUGGCCCCUGAUCCGGUUCCUGGUGCCCCUGGGCAUCACCAACAUCGCCAUCGACUUCGGGGAGCAGGCCUUGAACCGGGGCAUCGCAGCCGUCAAGGAGGACGCGGUGGAGAUGCUGGCCAGCUACGGGCUGGCCUACUCGCUGAUGAAGUUCUUCACGGGGCCCAUGAGCGACUUUAAGAACGUGGGCCUGGUGUUCGUCAACAGCAAACGGGACCGCACCAAGGCGGUGCUGUGCAUGGUGGUGGCAGGUGCCGUCGCCGCCGUCUUCCACACCCUGAUCGCGUACAGCGACCUGGGCUACUACAUCAUCAACAAGCUGCACCACGUGGAUGAGUCCGUGGGGAGCAAGACGAGAAGGGCCUUCCUGUACCUGGCCGCCUUCCCCUUCAUGGACGCCAUGGCCUGGACCCACGCGGGCAUCCUCCUGAAGCACAAGUACAGCUUCCUGGUGGGCUGCGCCUCCAUCUCCGACGUCAUAGCGCAGGUGGUCUUCGUCGCCAUCCUGCUGCACAGCCACUUGGAGUGCCGCGAGCCGCUGCUCAUCCCCAUCCUGUCGCUGUACAUGGGCGCCCUGGUGCGCUGCACCACGCUCUGCCUCGGCUACUACCGCAACAUCCACGAUGCCAUCCCCGACAGGAGCGGCCCCGAGCUGGGGGGGGAUGCGACCAUAAGGAAGAUGCUGAGCUUCUGGUGGCCGCUGGCCCUCAUCCUGGCCACCCAGAGGAUCAGCAGGCCCAUUGUCAACCUCUUCGUCUCCCGAGACCUUGGCGGCAGCUCUGCGGCCACAGAGGCGGUGGCCAUUCUGACGGCGACGUACCCCGUGGGCCACAUGCCGUACGGAUGGCUGACGGAGAUCCGUGCCGUCUACCCCGCCUUCGACAAGAACAACCCCAGCAAUAAGCUGGUGAGCACCAGCAACACGGUGACGGGCGCCCACAUCAAGAAGUUCACGUUCGUCUGCAUGGCCUUGUCUCUGACGCUCUGCUUCGUGAUGUUCUGGACGCCCAACGUCUCCGAGAAGAUCCUCAUCGACAUCAUCGGGGUGGACUUCGCCUUCGCUGAGCUGUGCGUCGUGCCCCUGCGCAUCUUCUCCUUCUUCCCCGUGCCAGUGACCGUGCGCGCCCACCUCACCGGCUGGCUCAUGACGCUCAAGAAGACCUUCGUGCUGGCGCCCAGCUCCGUGCUCCGCAUCAUCGUGCUCAUCGCCAGCCUCGUGGUCCUGCCCUACCUGGGGGUCCAUGGCGCCACCCUGGGCGUGGGCUCCCUCCUGGCCGGCUUCGUGGGCGAGUCCGCCAUGGUGGCCAUCGCCGCCUGCUACGUCUACAGGAAGCAGAAGAAGAAGGCGGAGAACGGCACGGCCGCGGAGGGGGAGGACUCGGCCAUGACGGACAUCCCUGCGGCCGAGGAGGGGGCCGACGUGGUGGAGAUGCGGGAGGAGACCGAGUAAGGCCCCCCGCCCGCCCGCCCGCCCGCGCCCCCUGGACCGCGCCCUCCGGCUCGUGGGGGCCUCCCGGGGAGAGAAGAGGCCUUUGUCGUCCGGGUUCCACACGCCCACGACCAGCAGCCCGGGGCGCCCGCUCCCCGCCCCCCGGUGCCGACGGACACGAGUGGCCACGGCACCCCCACCACUUCCCGGACCCCCACGGUACCAGGGCCUCCCGCCCCUCCCCCGGACAAUCGCCACCUGGAGCCAAAGGCCGCGCCCAGCCCACCCCACUCCGCGUCUCUCCGAGGAGGACGCCCGAUCACUCCCACACCAGGGGCCACCAUGCCAGGGACCGCAGCACAGCCCUGAACUGACCGGCAUGUGGCCAGAGCCCGUGUCCACGGGGACUGCUAGUGAGCGCGCCCUGCGGGGGAAACGGACCCCCGCCUGCACCCCCCCGCCUCGGCGUGGCCCCUUAUUAGGGUGUCUGGAGAGGAGGGGCCCCUCUUGUCUCGUGUCACUCCCCCCGCUGCGUGGCCACACAGCUUAGUCCACCGCCCCUAGCCGAGGGGCUGGCUCUGCCCUCCCCGUCACGCGGGCAGUGGACGGAGCAGCUGGCCGGGCGCUGCCCUCCUUGGCGGGAACUGAAGCUUUAAGUCACGCGCUCGCGUCCUAACCCACGCGGGGGCCGUGGCCCGGCCACAGCGGGCCCCCCCCCUGCUUUCGUCGCAAGCAGGCCGGAACCCUGCCCCUCCCCCACACCCCCGUCACCCCCCGAGAACAGCAGCC